AUGGAGUCAACCCUAGAAAAGACACCGGCCAGGGGUCCGGGUCGGGGACGAAAGAAACGGUGGGCAGCGCGAGUAAGAACAGGCUGUGUGACUUGCAAAAUCCGCCGAAUCAAAUGCGACGAGGCGAGGCCAAGCUGUCGAAACUGCCAUUCCACUGGUCGAUUUUGUGAGGGAUACGAUGAUAACUCCAUCGCAAAUGAGAAAUAUCAUUCCCUCAUCCCGUCGAAGCUGCCGUCCACGUGGGAUUUCGUGACCUUAGAUUCCGGAGAGAAGGAGAACUUUUACUUCUUUCGAUCCAUCACCACAUCGACCCUAGCCGGGUUUUUCGACUUUGGUUUUUGGUCCUACCGACUAUUGCAGGAUUCCCAUCGCUACCCGGCCCUCUGGCACGGGAUGACGGCACUUGCCGGUGUUCAUCGCGAGUAUGUUGACCCCAGUGCGUCCCUCACUCGACCCAGGAUGGGGGACACACGGAAUGUCCAAUUCGCUCUGAAGCAGUUCAAUAAAUCUAUUCAAUCCCUCCUGAAUCAGCUCUCUGGAGAGACUUUAACCAUUCGCGAUAAGAUUGCGGUGUUGGCUACGUGCGUCUUAUAUAUCUGCAUCUCAUGUCUCCAAGGCCGCCAGCCACAGGCAUUCAUGCACAUCCAGAACGGAUUAAAGCUAUUUCACCAGUGGGGCCUGCAAUCGAGCCUUGUUAGGUCUCCAGAAGAUUGGCUCGGAGCUGAGAUGCUUUUGCUAAUUUUCAUGAGACUUGACUCCCAGGUCCGCCCGUACCUAGCCAUGCAGGAUCUGUCUUCUGGGUGGAUAGAAAACCGGCUAGUUGCCUCAUCCAGCGAACGCCCCUUUGCCACGCUUCUCGAUGCGUACAUUUCCCUGGAGGAAGUAUUCAACGACGUCAUGCGCUUCUACCUGGAUUACUAUAAGACGCAGGCUCCAAAUGUGGGUCCUGUCUCACCUGAUGCUAAAGAGGUGUACCUCCGCCAGGUCCGAGAAUGGGAUGCUCGACUAGCAACACUUCUUCGCAUGAGCCCGGAAUACCUACAAGAAACGGCCAUGGACCUAUUGAGUAUCCGGCGGAAAUUUAUCGAAGUCCUGCUAGCCCUGGACCGAAGCCGGGGAGAACUGGCUCAUGACGUGUUACUCUCGGACUACGUGAUCAUGGUUGAUACUGUGGCUCGGAUACUGGGUAGUGGUCAGAUGGAUACACGAGACGACCACCGCUCGGUCAAAGAGCAGCAGAAGCAUCCAACCUUCAGCCUGGAGACUGGUAUUGUGGAACCUCUAUUCUGGGUCGGUACACGAUGUCGGGAGCCGUUGCUCCGGCGGAGGGCUCUCGAUCUUAUGCGACGGUAUCCGCGGCGGGAGGGAAUCUGUGAGGGCAUGUUGGCCUCUUACAUUGUGGAAAAGGUAAUAGAGAUCGAAGAAAAUGGAUGCCCUCAGGCAAGCGCAAACCCGGAGUCAGCGAGUGGGUGCAUUGAGGGACAAUGGAUAUGCAAGGCGCAUCGAGUGGCGACAUGGGAUUUUCUUUUAGCUACGGAACGGCAAGUCCGUGUUGUGAUGAAGACUGUUGAAGACUGGGAGCUCUCUCGUCGGGGGAUUGAGGUCAUAGCCACCUGGUGGUGAUUUAUUAUUUACAUACGAAUGCGCGAUUUCGGAGACGACUGGUUUGGUAAAGCAGAUAACCUGUUGAUGAGAUGAUGCAAUUGAUGAGAAGAAUUAUGAC